AUGACUUACAUCCCAAGCCCAACCGCGCCGAUGCGGCUGAUGGAGUACAAUAUGCAGCGUGCCGCCGUGCGGCAAGUGGCGUACCAGGCCAUGGCCCAGCGGGAGCAGAUGAUGUACCAUGCAAUGUUGGAGCACCAUGGGCACCACGGUGGAGGCAUGGGUAUGCCGAUACCCGACUAUGGAGGCCCGUCUAGGCCGAGUGGGCCGAUGCUCGAGGGUGGAGGCAUGUAUCUCGAGGGCUCGUACGCUGGAGACAUGCAGCAGCAGCAGGGAUCUUUCAGUGGAGGCAUGCAGCAGCAGGGACCGUACGGUGGAGAUAUGCAGCGGCAGGGAUCUUUCGGUGGAGACAUGCAGCAGCAGGGAUCUUUCGGUGGAGACAUGCAGCAGCAGGGAUCUUUCGGUGGAGACAUGCAGCGGCAGGGAUCUUUCGGUGGAGACAUGCAGCAGCAGGGAUCUUUCGGCGGAGACAUGCAGCAGCAGGGAUCCAGCACCAACAACAUGUACGGAGGGUAG